GGAAAGGGGAUGCCUUUUCCAGUUUCGUAGGGCGAGUUGGGGUUGGAAGUUGGAAUUGUUCUUUCUUCUCUUCUCAACAUCUCCGGAAGCCCAAGCAGAUUUUAGAGGGAAAUUCCUGUAAGAGGCAUACUGUUAUGGAUCCAGAAGCUGAACAAGCUGCACGUACAGCUCGAGAAUCUCUGGACCUGGCAUUUCACAUGUCAAAUAUUCUUGAUACAGGGCUUGAUAGGCAUACCCUUUCAGUGCUCAUAGCACUCUGUGACUUGGGUCUGAAUCCUGAAGCAUUGGCAGCCGUUGUUAAGGAACUGCAAAGAGAACCUUCUCCGAUGCCUAUAGUGCCAACUUCUUCAUCACCACAUUAGUCAGGUCAAUCCAUCUACUUGAAGAGUAUAUAUCGAGUAAAGGUUAGAUGUAUGAUGCUUUGAGCAGAUUUGCGGGGUGUGAUUUACCAUUUUUUCUUUGUUAUGAAUCUUUUUAUUUUGUUGGUUUUUUUUCUUAGUGUUGCUUGUAUUGCCCAAAUGUUACCCGCCUGAGAUGAAUCUUGUGGUUUUUAAGAUUGGGAUGGUUUUAUUAUGUAAAAUUUUAUAUGACAUAUCUCCUUUGGUUGUUAUAAGGUUUGAAACCUUGUAUCUAUAAUGAGA